CCUCCCUCCCAUCGGGCAAGGAAAAAGCAACGUAAAACGACGCCGUUCAAUCCUCCUCUCCCUCUCGUUUUUAAACCAGAAAACGAAAAAUCAAAAACAAAUCGAAAAAAAAAAAAAAUCCCUCCAACCCUCGCAGCGGAACCCUAGAACCAGAAAUUCUUAUUGACAGGAACAAAGGAUGGCCAUCGCACGAACCGGAGUCUAUGUUGACGAUUACCUGGAGUAUGCAAGUACAUUGCCUGCUGAGCUGCAGAGACUCCUCAAUACUGUCCGGGAACUCGAUGAGCGAUCCCAGUCAAUGAUAAACCAAACAAGGCAACAGACAAAGUAUUGCUUGGGAUUGGCAUCACAGAAUUCCAAGAAAGGGAAUGGUAAUAGUGGUAAUUACCAUAAUGGUUACGAAGACGAUGAAACAAUUGAGAAAAUACGGAAAGAAAUCGAGGCUAGUCAGGAAAGUGCUCUGAGUUUGUGUACAGAGAAGGUUUUGUUGGCACGGCAAGCCUAUGACCUUAUAGAUAGCCAUGUAAAACGUCUUGAUGAAGAUCUCAACAACUUUGCAGAAGAUCUAAAGCAAGAGGGAAAAAUACCUCCAGAUGAACCUGCUAUUCUUCCUCCGUUGCCUAUAGUACCAAAAGCUGAAAAGCGCAAGUCCUUUUAUGGAACACCUCAAUCAAAAAAGAUAGAUUAUAGAGAUAGAGAAUGGGAUCGAGAGCGUGAUAGGGAUUUUGAGCUAAUGCCUCCUCCAGGAAGCCAUAAAAAGGAUUUUGCUACACCUGCUGAUGUUGAUCAGCCUAUUGACCCCAAUGAACCUACUUACUGUGUCUGUCAUCAGGUGUCAUUUGGAGAUAUGAUCGCCUGUGACAAUGAAAAUUGCCAAGGAGGUGAAUGGUUCCAUUACUCGUGCGUUGGACUGACACCAGAGACAAGAUUCAAAGGAAAAUGGUUUUGUCCAACCUGUAGACUUCUGCCACAAGGUCAAUAAAUUGUGUCUGCCAUCUUGGUACCAUAAAGUUUUCAUUAUCAACAGUUCAGCAUCUUCUUCAUACAGAAAGGUAGAAAAGUUGGCAUGACAAAUUGGCCAAUAAGGUUUGCCCGACUAUCUGGUCUCACAUUAAGUCGUAUGUCCUUCUGCAAUAAAGGAAGAAGAAUCAUCUCCACUUUCUGCUAGGCUUUAAAAUGCUGACCAAGUUAUCUGGUCUUUUAUUGGGUAACAAAUAGUUGCUGCUUGAGGAGUUCUAAGAAGGGAGAAAAUGAACUAACUAGGAAACAAAGUGAAAGUUGUGGGUUCCAUUAUACUGUAGCGAAUUUUUCAUUUUCUUGAUGAGAAUUUUUUAAGAGCUCCAUUCUCUUUGUGUAAGUUGUAAGUUCCACGUUCGUUAUUGCUGCAACGUCAUAAAAACCCAUGUGUGUAGUUUUUUGAUUAAAUAUCACAGAAACUUGAAUUUAUUCCGAAA